UCACUGUAAACUGAACAAACGGUUCAUUUGGCCACGUUCAGAGGCACAGAAAACAAUAUGGCUCAGAAAUUGACAAUCACUUUGAUCGUCCUGUUUGGGCUGUUAACUUUAGGCUUAUCACGCCCAACUUUCGAGGACGAUGAGUCCUUUUCAUUCGAUGAUGAAGAAGCCAGAGCUUACGAAGAAGAAGGACGGGACUAUGAUGACGAAGAGGCCAGAGCUUACGAGGAACAAGAAGUACGAUCCUCGAGCGACGAGGAAAACCGACCAGCUUAUGACGAAGAAGAAUCCGGAGCUUACGAAGAACAAGAAGUACGAGCCUCGAGCGACGAGGAAAACCGACCAGCUUAUGACGAAGAAGAAUCCGGAGCUUACGAAGAGAUCCGCAAAAGUGAGGAAGGCCCACCUCGUCUUUUGAAGUUCUCAAAUUUCUGUUACGGCCGAAAGGAUGGCAAUUACGCAGAUUCUUCAAACCCUCGUGCCUUCUACAUGUGUGACAAGGCUGGGCAAACUUGGACUAUGAAUUGCCAGGCCGGUUUGGUUUUUGACCAAUCUCGUAACCGCUGUGAAUGGGCGAAUGAAAGUUCAGGUGGCAAGCAGACCAACAAUGAAUACCAGCCCUAUGUGCCUCUCCCUGCCAAAGAAAUCUAUGUCCCACAACAGCCAGUAAAAGAAAUCUACAUACCACAACAGCCGGUGAAAGAUGCUUAUGUGCCAAAGCAAGCAUCUUCCCAGAUCACUGGUUAUGGUCGCUAAACAGCCAUCACAUCUUCAAUAGUUGAGCUUCAAUUUGGUUGUGUCUGAUUCAUCCUAAAAUUUCCAUUCAUAAUUAGAGACAGUCAAGAUAGUUUUGGUUACCUAAAAUGUUUGAAAUGGACUAUAAAUUUACCUAUUAUAGAUGAGUUUGAUUGUUGGCAAAAGUGUUUGACGUAUCUUUGUUAUACCAGUAAUACACAAGGGACUGAUGGAGUCUUUAAAAAUUCCUA